GUGUUUGGGCGCGUGCUGCAGCUCAGAGGCGGAGUCGGAAGCUCGUGCGGUCUGCAGCGGUCCGCUUUGGUCCUGGUUUAGUCCCGGUUUAGUCCUGGUCCAGUCCCGGUCCAGAGCCCGUUUAGACCCGGGUGAGACCGGCCCGGUUCGGCUCAGUCCGGUCUCCAGCGGCGGGACCGAGGGGGAAGUCCGUGCUCGCGCCGCGCUCGUGUCCGCUGUCGGCGCGCGCUCGCGGCUCGGCGGGAAACAACAGGCCUCAGUCACGCGCACGGGGCUGGGUCACGCGCACCAUGGACGGCUCUUUAGAUGAGGAUGUGCACGAGGACAGCGUGCACGCUCGCGUGUGCACAUUGGAGAGUGACGAGCACGUGCACGCUCGUGUGUGCGCUCUGGAGCUACGCGUGCAGACGCAGGAGGACGAGCUCACCGUGCUGAAGGCGGCGCUCGCUGAUGUCAUACGCCGCCUCAACCAAUCAGAGGAGAGCAAGAGGCAGAGCAAAGGCUCCAUGCGGGAGGCCUAUUCUCUGUCCUGUCUGCCAAACGGGGGGACCUCAGGCGGGCCCUCAGGGGGGCCCUCGGGGGGCGGGCGCCGGCGAGACCGAGACUCGGGAUCUGUGACGCGUAAAGAGACGCUGUCGUCCGCCGCCAAGAGUGGGCCAGAGAAGAAGAAGGAGCCUCCACAGAAGUCUCAGUCCAGAUCCGACCUGGGCGAGAUCCAAGAAGAGACCCAGAACCAGACCGGGUCCCAGACCGGGACCCAGACCCCGACCCUGCAGAGGUCCCAGUCCUCAGAGUCUCGCUCCACAGACCCCAGGACCGAGACUAAAGUCCAGACCGGAGCCAAAAGGGGGGGCAGUUCCAGACGUUCUCUUGAUCGUGAUGACGACCGUCUCCACAGAGCCGCCUCUACCUCCAAAGUGAUGGCGCGCGUCGCUAAACAGGCGCACAGGAGUAAGGAUCCUGUGGUGAGUCCAGCAAAAAUGUCCACGCGAGAAAAGACCAAAGAGACGCAGGCAGAGGGGAACAGUAUAAAGAUGUUCAUGCGCGGUCGUCCCAUCACCAUGUUCGUCCCGGCAGACGUGGAAAAUUACCAUGAAAUGAAAACAGAACUUCCCCCAGAGCGUCUCAAACUGGAGUGGGUGUACGGGUAUCGUGGGCGGGAUUGUCGUGGGAACGUGUUCCUGCUGCCGACAGGAGAGACCGUGUACUUCAUCGCCUCCGUCGUGAUUUUAUUCAACAACGAAGAACGAACCCAACGCCACUACCUCGGCCACACGGACUGUGUGCGCUGUCUGGCUCUUCAUCCUGAUAAAAUUCGCAUCGCCACAGGACAACUCGCCGGAGUCGACAAAGACGGACGGGCGGUGUGUCCUCACGUGCGCGUCUGGGACAGUGUGAGUUUGUUCACGCUGCAGGUCGUGGGUUUGGGGACGUUCGAGCGCGGCGUCGGCUCCCUCGCCUUCUCCAAAGCCGAUUCUGGCGUUCAUUUGGCCGUGGUGGACGACUCAAACGAUCACAUGUUGACCGUUUGGGACUGGAACCGGAAAACUAAAGUGGCUGAAAUCAAGACGACCAAUGAGGUGGUUCUGGGGGUGGAGUUUCACCCGACUGACUCCGCCUCCAUCGUCACCUGCGGAAAAUCUCACAUUUUCUUCUGGACGUGGAGCGGCAACAGCCUCCAGAGGAAACAGGGCAUAUUUGGGAAAUUUGAGAAGCCGAAGUUCGUCCAGUGUGUGUCCUUCCUCCGGAACGGGGACAUCCUGACUGGAGACUCAGGGGGAGUCCUGCUCGUGUGGACCCGAACCGCAGACACGCCCACUUCUAAAGGACUCCGAGCGUUCCAGAUCGUGCGGCAGGUGAAGGCGCACGAGGGCAGCGUGUUCUGUCUGAGCGAGACCAGAAGCGGCGCCGUCCUGAGCGGAGGCUCCAAAGACCGACGGGUCGUGCUGUGGGACCACGAGCUGCGGCCGGACAAGGAGAUUGAGGUCCCGGAUCAGUUCGGGAGCAUCCGCGCUGUGGCCGAGGGGAAACAGGACCAGGUUUUAGUCGGAACGUCCAAGAACUUCAUCCUCAGAGGAACCUUCACCGAGGGCUUCACCGUGGAGGUCCAGGGGCACACGGACGAGCUGUGGGGGUUGGCGUCUCACCCGAGCAGAGACCUGUUCCUCACCUGCGCCCAGGACCGACUCGUCUGUCUGUGGGACUCAGCGGAACAUCGACUCCAGUGGAGCCGCAGCCUCGAGGAGCACGGACACUGUGCCGACUUUCAUCCGAGUGGAGCCGUGGUUGCCAUAGGAACACACUCCGGAAAGUGGUACGUUCUGGACGCUGAGAGCACAGACCUGGUGGCGAUUCACACCGACGGGAACGAACAGCUCAGCGUCAUGAGGUUCUCUGUGGACGGGAGCCUGUUGGCCGUCGGGUCUCAUGAUAACUUCAUUUAUCUGUACACGGUGUCAGACAACGGACGCAAGUACAACCGCUACAACAAGUGCUCCGGACACUCGAGUUACAUCACUCACCUGGACUGGUCUCCAGACAACAGCUUCAUCAUGUCCAACUCCGGAGACUACGAGAUCCUCUACUGGGACGUGGUAAACGGCUGCUCUCAGAUCCGGAAUCGCUCCGACUGUAAAGAUCUGGACUGGGCCACGUACACGUGUGUCCUCGGCUUCCACGUGUUCGGUGUUUGGCCCGAGGGUUCUGAUGGGACGGACAUAAACGCGUUGGUUCGUUCUCAUAAUCGCCGCGUCCUCGCGCUCGCCGACGACUUCUGCAAAGUUCAUCUGUUCUCCUACCCCUGCUGCACGCCCAAGGCUCCCAGUCACAAGUACAGCGCCCACAGCAGUCACGUGACCAACGUGAGUUUCCUGCACGACGACCGUCACCUGAUCUCGACGGGCGGGAAGGACAUGAGCAUCCUGCAGUGGCGAUUGGUGGAGAGCAACACCGGCCCCGCCCCCAAGCCGCGCCCCGCCCCGGCCGCCCCCAUCGCGACGGACGGGCCUCCCACGGCCAACGGGGAGCCGGAACCUGAGCCCGAGCCGGAGCCCGAGCUGACCCCGCCCCCCUCGGAGCUGACCCCGCCCACUUCGGACACGGUGAGUUUGAAGGACAGCCUGGAGCCGACGCCCCCCCUCACGCCGCCGUCUUAGACCCGCCCCCUCGCCGUCCGCCGCCGUAGACCUCAGAACACUCCUCUGUCGCUGCUCGGGUCCAGGCCCGCUCCGGUCCGGUCCGGAUCCAACCAGAAACCCUCUCGUUCCGGUGCAUUAAGCUCAUCUCUGCAGAACUGUGGAGUCCUGUGGGUUUGUGAAGUGGACUGCAUCUCCCAGAAUGCAUUGUACCAGCAGCCAAUCACAGCGCUGCGUCCUGAUCAUGUGACUCGUGAAUGGACCCUGUUUUCUUCUUCACUGUUUUUAUUUUGUGUUUUUGGCUUUUUCAAAAUGAACCAAACAAGUGAUUUCUGUAAAAACGUGUUUCCGACGAAAGGCCCAGGCUCCGCCCACCACAACAACACCUGCUCUAGUCCUGGUUUAGUCCUGGUUUAGUCCUGGUUUAGUCCUAGAUUUUGUCUGACCAGUAUUUUCAAAGGGCGGGGUUAGGUGGUGAUAUGGGUGGGCCCUGGUGUGAUGUGGGCGGGGCCUGUGGUGAAUGUCCGGUUGUGAUUGGUCAGAGCUUUGAGCCUCGGGAUCUGUGCGACGGAUUCCUAUUGGUCCAUUUGUGAGCGUGUCAUGGUGAAGGGCGUCUCUCAUUGGACGCUCACACGUUUGGGGGAGGGGUUUGAGGGUGGGAGGGGC